AUGCGCAACCAAGCGCCUAGCGGUAUUCGACCAUCUACCAGUGGUGAUCCUUCGGCUCCUGCAUCCAUGACGCAGCAUACCUCCAUAGCGUUGCCGUACGACAUUUGGAACGAAAUCGUUCACCUUGCAGCCAAAGAUGAUUUGAUCCAGCUCUGCCUUGUCAGCGCUAUGGUCGGCCGAAUCGCAACCAAGCGCCUAUACGCUUCACUCUCCCUCAACACCAUGGUGAACACGGCAAAGUGCUAUCGAACUGUCAUGGGAAGCUCCACAUUGGCUGGCACUGUCACUGAACUGGAGCUGGAUUUGAUGUCUUCGAGACCGCUGCGAAAAGUUCGACUUCCUCUGUUGGGGAUGUAUGCCACGAGUUUGCCCCAGAUUGUGGGAGCGCUUCCGGAUCUGAUCGAGCUGACUCUCAGUGUGGAAACACGGUAUGGCGACGAGUUGACACACCUCGUAUCUGCGGAAGGGCUUGAGGCCUUUCGCCGAUUCUCGCAACUUCAAACUUUCGAAUUCAUUGUCAAAUUUCGUGUUCACGAUACUUCCAUAUUUGAGGAAGAGAUUCGACGUGCCUGCCCUACUUUGCAAAGCGUCGCUGUGCAUGGGCGCGAAUCAGAAGAGUCUAGUGACGAAGAGGAGUGGGAGGAGGGGGACGAAGAGGAAGACGGAGAUGAGGAAGACGGAGAUGAGGAGGAUGGGGAGGAAUCCUGGUAUGAUGAGGAGCAUUUAGACGAGGAGAGUUUGCCAUUUGGUCUAUGAGAAAGUUUAGUCCUGUCCAAGGUGAAUGCAC